CGACACCACAUGGGCGACCUGGUUCGCCCCCCCCCAAGGGGGAGGGCGUGUGGCCAUUCUUUUGUGGCAGGCACGCUGGCCUCGCGGCCGACUUCCCGCCGCGCAGCUGGGCGCUGCCCUUCCGUCUGCAACAAAGCACUCACGACGAUAGCAACAUCCUUUACACUGCACGGUUGUUGUCCAGAGUUUCGUGCUUGGCAGAGCUCAGGUUGCGGAGCCCUUAGAUUGCCGCGGCGGGCUUGCAUUUAGAUGUUGUUGAUUGUUGGACCUCUCUCCCCUCCUGUCCAGAAAUUUGCAGACUCUUUGGGGCCCCUUCCAUGGCUCUGGAGGGUCGAGAAGUCGCGCCCAGAAGGAAAUUCAAAGACCCCUUUAGUGCUGAAUUCUCUGUGCAGCAGCGAAUUUCGUUACUUUUUCGUUGCGUCCAACUUCUGCGCAGCAGGGCAUAGGUGCCAGAGGUGCCAGAGAUGCUUUGGCAUCCACACUGCCCACCCUGACGCUGUUUCGCGUGCCAGGCACCGCCCUCAUUGCCAAAGGGCGUCUCUGCCAACACCUGUUUGUUUCAGAUGGCCGGGCAAAUCAUGCUAGCCGCUAGCUCUGAAGUCGAAAUUGGGCGCGUCUAUCCUCCUGUCCUUGCCGCGUGGCCGAUGGCUUGCGGGGCACACUGCACCCAGCCGCCGACUGGUGUUUCCUUCCCCUGCGUCUCGUUACGCCCCUUCUCGUCCCCCGGAGGCGGAGCGCCGGCUCGCCUUGUUGGAAUUUGCUUUCUCUUCGCAUCAUCUGUCUGUCUCGUAUUCGCUCCUCCCCGAAUGGUGCAACUCCAGAGCUAGACCAGAGCGUGAGGCUCGCCGCACCGCAUCAGCGCGAUGUGGUGCAAGCUAUUAUUUCCCUUCUGUCCAGGCCGCGUGACCGAUGGUCUGAGGGAAGCGCUGCGCCCACCAGCCGAUUGGGCCCUCGUCCCCAUCCCCCCUCCUCCUCGCCUCCUCUGGUCAUGUUGUGUGUAUUCAGUAUUGUUGGCCUUGGGGGUUCGGGAACUAUUUGUAUGCGGCACGUUCGCUUUUGCUUUCAGGCCAAGGUUCACUGCAGGAGUUUGCCUACCGCAGCUCGGCUCGUGUGAGGUUCCUGGUUGCCUGGCUUCGUUUUGAUUCGCACAACUUGGAGCGUAGCUAGCCUACUCAUCGCUGGUGACGAGGGGAGCAGGUAGACUACAGAUGGCCACCAGGUACAGGUGCGUGCGUAAUUACGCGUCCGUCGCGUCAAAGCCUGCCCUAAGGGGGAUACACACGAUCGAGAGGAGCAGCAGCAGGAGGGGGUACUCGAGCUCUGAGCUUGGUGGCGCUCUGGGUCCCGGCGAUUUCCCGCGGCGCUUCGCACCGUCCCCGCCCGCCUUUCCCCGGACCAGCGACAACAGGGGCGGCGGCUGCUGCUGAUUUGAGCCGCCGGGCGCGGGGCAGUAGCGAUCCGGGCGCUGAGGAAGUGGGAAGGAGGGCUGGAUUGUCCGAAUGCUGCCCGCGCUUGUGGGGACCCCGCGCCGACGCAUUAUCGCGCAUCGCGUGCCCGUGGACAGCACGCGGGGUGCCUUCGGAACGUCAGAAAGCAUUUUCCUUCCUUUCUUUCUUUCCCAUUCCUCCAGCACUCGCGAGUCCGCGUGCCUGUGGGACGCUGGCGCCCAGCCCGAGGUCGCUGCGACUCAGCGUUGUUGCCCCCAGCGCGGGCGCGCCGUUUUAAGCCCUGCUGCCGACGAAGGGAGGGGCGGACUUUCAUCACAGGUGGUCCUUGGGCUCAUGUUCUUUACGUACGAUUGUUCCGUCUUGGCGGAAACGAGGUCUGCAUGCAUGGAUUUUGAAUUAGUUUCACCUUUUUCGCGGCACUGGUGCUUCAUUCGCCUUGGCUUCGCUCGCGGCGAACUCAAAUGACGACAGUCCCGUUUCCAAGACUACUACGAGCGCGCUUGUUCAAGAUUCGGUUGGAUGGUCCAUUCAGCGUUUACUGUUGCAACUACCUGUUCGGCAUGGUACCCAUAUCGUCUUCGGCUUGUCUCGCCCAGUUUGGUAAACGCGAUCAACGAUUGUUUUCAAGUGGCAUGCGUUUGGCCGUGUCCCAAGCAGGACUAAAUGUUUCGAUGUCGUCGCACGUCGCAGUGCGCAUUCAUGUAACCCACAAGCCCGUGGAACGUGGUUGGAUGGCAAGACUUCCGUGUUCAUGCUGGCUUUAUUUGUCACGGUUGCAGCAACAGGUUCUGGCUUUUUACCAGUGUUGGCGCGUCUUGGACCGAUUGGAUAGUCUGAUCUCAGAACAGAGCGCAUUGAGUUUGCGCUGCUUGCGUUGUCUUGUAAUGUUAAGCGCACGUGCAUGCUCACAGUUGCAACGCAGCCCAAAGCUACACUCGGAACUUGAAAUCACUGCACCGCGCGUUGC